UUCUUCUGUAAUUCACGUUGCUUAUGGCAAUCAAGUGCGACGAUGGACGGUUUCGGCGACGCAUAAUAACUGAUAAGCGCGAUAUCAUAAAAGAAAUUUUAAUAUUUCUUACUCGUUACUGAAGUACUGCAACUCCAGCCAUGGCGGAUGUUUUGGACAUCGAUAAUGCCGAGGAAUUUGAGGUCGAUGAGGAAGGAGAUCAGGGUAUCGCACGUCUUAAGGAGAAAGCGAAGAAAAGGAAAGGCAGGGGCCAUGGUGCGGAAUUGGUGUCGACGAGAGACGACGUCGGUCAUUACGAGUCCAUGAAUGUGGUUGAGGAAGACGACAACGAGCCUGGCCCACAGAGAUCUGUAGAAGGAUGGAUCUUGUUCAUAAAUUCAGUACAUGAAGAGGCACAGGAGGACGAUAUUCAGGAUAAGUUCUCAGAGUUUGGUCAAAUCAAGAACUUGCAUUUGAAUCUGGACAGAAGAACGGGAUUUCUGAAAGGCUACGCGUUAGUGGAGUACGAAACGUUUAAAGAGGCACAGGCUGCGAAGGAGGCUCUGAACGGAACAGAAAUCCUAGGUCAGGCUAUCUCUGUCGAUUGGUGCUUUGUAAAAGGACCAAAGAAAAUCAGGAAAAGAAGUCACAGAAGGCGAUGAGAAUUCUAGAUUAAUAAUCAUCUUCUAUUAUGUAACAAGUGAGACAAGUUAUUUUAUAUUUGAGCAUUUUAUAAAUGCUGGAAAUAACGUAUAAAUUACUCUUCGCUAAGAAAGCUUUUGCUCUUGUGUUAAAUGUCUAUUCAUAAUCUAUUCAAAUGUGAACUUAACAUACACUUAGUUAAUAAAUAGAAGAUCAUGAAUUAUAACGUCCAGAUAUUGUUUGUUGUGCAACCGAGAACAUUAAUAUU